AGCAACGGCGGAGCCUGGAGCGGGAACUGGAUAAACGCUGCACUAGCUAACAGCUUGAUGCUGUCAACAGGAGCCCACUGUUCACUCGCUGCGUGGUUUAACCUCUCGUGUCUCGUAACGAUGCAGAAUAAAAAGUAAUUUAUAGCUCUAGUCACUGGGCAGCGGACUGUUAACUGUGCGAGCUUAACGACAUCCAAACUUUUUAUACUAUACUCCUUUGCUUGAAGUUGCAACGGGACGAAGUAGCUUCGUUUCUGCACACAAUGGACACGAAAGGCUGGCAGCAUCCUUACGUGAACAUUUUCAAACAUGUCAGAGUUGAAGACUGGAAAAAGUCUGCGAAGGAGGGAGACGUGUCAACGUACACGGACAAGACACUGAAGUGUUCAGUUUUCCGGAUCAAGGGUCCCGUUCCUGCCAACAGCUACAUCCUGCUACCGAAAAGCAGCAGCCACUCUCUUGGACUGACAGGACGCUACUUCUACCUUCUCUUCAAGCCCACACCAGGGAAAUACUUUGUGGUUCACCUGGAUGUUGCUGCAGAGCAGGGCCAGGUGAUCCGGAUAUCCUUCUCCAACAUGUUCAAAGAGUUCAAGUCUACUGCUACCUGGCUUCAGUUUCCUUUCCUGUGCGGCGCAGCAAAGGAUUCAGUGUAUGAGAGCACAGCAAAAUCAGCAAAAAGUGGUUUGUUGGGUCCAGCUCCCACUUCAGCGCGUUGGACCUGUCUGAUGCUGGACCUGCAGUAUACUCUCUCUGUUUACCUCAGCCGAUGCUACAGUCACCUGAAGAGCAUCAAGCUUUGUUCCAGCAUGUCGGUGAAAAACAUGUUCACAAGUGACUUGCUGCUAGAUCCAGAAGUUUCUUUCGGUGAGGCCAAGCGGAUGGGACUGGCUUCUGCUCAGGGAACAGGACCUAUGCCCAGAGAAAUGUCAUUCCCUGUGCCCAAAGGAGGCUCUUGGCAUGACCUCUACGACUACAUCAAAUUUCCCUCAGAUGGAACAAAGUUGCCCUUUGACUCCAUUCAGAAAGGAGAUCCCAAACCUAAGGCCAGAUGUGUCUCCAAUCAAAGACGGCCUUUGAGAGAAGACUCUCACUGUCUCAGCCUUAGCAAACCAGUUCGGGAUCGUGUGUCCCUUAUCCAGCAGAUUACCACCCCAAAAUCACUCCCAAGGAAUCGAACCGCCAUUGUAAGCAGUAUUCCUGAGCUUGGUGUAGUCUCCACUCACCAGGAGGCUGACUCGCUUUGCUAUAAUGUUGACCAGCGGGACAAUUCUCCACAGCUCGGACAGACGUCACACUGUGAUGAUGGUGGUGUGCAUGUGUUUGUGCAUCCUGAGGAUGGUUUCAGCAAACACGGGCAAGAAAGUGAAGAAGAGAUUGUGUGUAUGCCUGUCCCGCGUCCUGCUCAUCUAACAUCAUCCAUAGAGAGCAAACAGCAGACACUGCUUCCAGAUCCCAUCCUUAGGCUCAACCGAAUUAUUGGCUUUGGAGGAGCGACUACCAAAUAUGCCCUGUGGACCAAAUCCGGUGAUGCAGUGGUGUACCCGUGUCAUGCUAUCAUCGUCUCUAUGAAGAUAUCCACUAACCAGCAGAGAUUCUUCAUUGGUCACACUGAUAAGGUUUCGGCACUAGCUUUUAAUGGCAACACAACCAUUCUGGCCUCUGCACAAACAGGCAACCAUGGUGUAGUACGAGUGUGGAACUACCACAAAGAAAACUGCCUGGCUAUGUUCAGAAUCCAUGCUCAUUCGUUAUCUUCUCUUAGCUUCUCAUACAGUGGCAGCAUCCUCUGUGGAGUGGGGAAGGAUAGUCACAAUAAAACAACCGUGGUUGUGUGGAACACUCUGAAUGUUAGCAAAGCUGGAGAGGUGGCAAUUUUAGCCAAAGCACACACCGAUGUGGACAUUCACACGAUGAAGGUUGCCUUCUUUGAUGAUACAAGGAUGGUAUCAUGUGGCCGUGAUAAUAUUCGUUUGUGGCGAGUAAGGAACGGGUCACUCCGCUCAUGUCCAGUAAACCUGGGAGAAUACCACUCACUGGACUUUACUGAUGUGGCCUUUGGAGAAGGAAACUCUUCUGAGCAGCAUCUUGAUGAUCGAACACUAUUUGCCAGCAGUCGUAGUGGGCAUAUCUUAGAGAUUGACUACAGCAGAGUUGCUAUCAGAAAUGUCAGGAGGCUGUUGCCUGUGCAACAGAGAGAACAGAGCAGAGAGAAGUGGACUUUUAACACAGGUCCAGGUAUCGCCAUCAACAGCAUCAGUGUGACUUCUUCAUUUUGUGCCACGGGCUCUGAAGAUGGUUUCCUAAGGCUCUGGCCCCUUGAUUUUUCUGCCGUUUUCCUGGAGGCCGAGCACGAGGGACCUGUGAGCCUGGUGUCCGCCUCCUCAGAUAGCCUUCAGGUCCUGGCUUCCACCUCGACUGGAAACCUGGGAUACCUUGACGUGAGCAGCCGCGGUUAUAACACACUCAUGAGAUCACAUACAGACUCUGUCCUCGGCUUCAGUGUGGAUGGCAUGCGGCGGCAUCUUACAACAGCGUCUUCUGAUGGCACUGUGCGCAUUUGGAAUAUGGAUUCCUUGCAUCAGUUGUUUGAUUUUGUAUCUGAGGACAGCCCUUGCUCUGUGGCCUUCCAUCCCAGCGAGCAGGUUUUCUCCUGUGGCUUCAGCUCUGGCACCGUUCGAAUUUUUGACAUCUCUAGUGCGAAGCUUCUGGUUGAACACAUGCAGCACAGGGGUGAAGUGGUGGGUCUUGCCUUCUCUCCAAAUGGGGAGUUUAUGUACAGCGCUGACUCUCAAGGCUCUUUGGCACUUUACGAUUCCUCUGAAGACCAUCACAAUGUGAUUAGGGUUGUGUGUAUGUUGGCAGCCCAAGGCACUGAGCGUGCUCCAGAUGCUCUUACAGUGAGCAGUGACAGCUGCUGUGUAGCGUUUGUUGGACCGUCAGAGUACAUUGUCACCAUAGCUGAUGCCCGAACUCUGGAUGAGUUGCUUCGUGUCGAUGUGAGUAUUUUGGAUGUAGAGAGCCCCCGUCUGGACUCUGCACUGAAGGUCUGCUUCUCUCCAGCCUCCGCUGAACACUUGCUGGUUGCUACGUCUGCUAACAAAAUUCUCUGGAUUAGCACCAAAACGGGCCGUCUGCUUCGAGAGGUAUCUAAAGUCCACAGACACAAGUGCUCAUCCCUUGCUGUGAGUGAAGACAGUCGAUUCCUACUAACAGCUGGAGACAAUGCCGUGAAAGUGUGGGACUAUAGCAUGCAGCUUGAUAUUAACUCUCAGAUGUUCAUAGGCCACAGUCAGUCCAUCUGCCAGGUGAGCUUCACCCCUGACCAACUGGGCGUAGUCUCUGUGGGAGAUGCCAUAUUUCUUUGGGACUUCCUGGCACAUCCAGUUGACUCUUUGACUGACAGCUGUUCACCUCUCAGAGUAAGCUACGUCACAGCUCAGCUAGACAAUGAAGUAAAAGAGGUUCAGUUCUCCCACGGCAUACCUCGACAGACAGCUCCUCUCCCCUCUUCACCACCACCAAAGCUGGAUGUCAGUUCUUUUGACCGAGUUAAUCAGUAUGCUUUUCACUCGUCAUCUCUUAAUGAGAUCAGCCCAAACAUCCCAGCUGUUCUGGCCCAAGCCACUGCUUCAGGCUCCUCCUCGGAGCCCACGUCUGCUGUUUCCUUCCUCAAAGUCACAGAGUUGGUCAACGCAUCUUCCUUUAAUGCCAGUCACACGGACACUGGAAAUAAGCCAGCGCCUCCAGAUUGUUACAAGCACUUUAUUCCACGUCUCAAAAAGUCCACAGUUGAUCAGACCGCUGUGGCGCCACAAGCAGGAGAAAAGGGCAUAAAGCUAAAAGCAGUGAUUGGCUACAAUGGCAACGGGCGGAGCAACAUGGUGUGGAGCCCUGACCAAGGUUUAUUUGCGUACUCCUGUGGCUGUGUGGUCGUGGUGGAGUACCUUCAUACAGGUUCUCAGAGACACUUACACGGCCACAGGGAGGAAAUCUCCUGUCUUGCAGUCACAAAUGAUGCACAGAUGAUGGCAUCAGCAGCAGGCGGCAGUGAUCAACACAGAAGCCUCAUCUGCAUUUGGGACGUUGAGAAAGGAACUUGUCAUAACACCAUAUCCUACCAUAAGGGCGCAGUGCAGGGCCUUGCUUUCUCCAGGGAUGAUCGCUUCUUUCUCUCCGUCGGAGACUUCUCUCAUCCAGAGGUGGCUCUGUGGAACAGCAAGACCUUGCAGCUGCUCUCUAAUGUGAGAGUGUCAGGGCCGCUCCAUGAAGCAGCUUUCAGCCCCUCAACAUUCAGCCAGUUAGCCUGUGUGGGCAACCAAGGGGUUUACUUCUGCCUCCUCCACACCCACGGCCAAGAUGUAGAUCUUAAUGUCCAGAAGGUGAAGGUCCCAACGCAGGUUGGUGAUGUGGCACUCACAGCUCUGUGCUACCACAUGGACUCCUUGCUCUUCACUGCUAGCAAUAAAGGACAUGUGUGCGUCUGGGAUGUGAACACACAGUCCUGCUUCAUGACCUGGGAAGCGGAUGAAGGAGAGAUUGGAGUGAUGCUGUGCCAAGGGAACCGGCUGUUGACUGGCAGCAGCACUCGCUGGUUGCGAUUGUGGGAUGUAGAAGGUAUACAAGGCAUGAAACUCCAGAAAAGGGCCUGUACUAUGGCAAACAGUGGGACAAGAGUGGUCUUGGAACAAGAGAUGAUGCUGGAUGGGACAGCAGUAAGUGCAGGAUUUGAUUCCCCACUGGACAUGGGUAUCGUCGGCACUACAGCAGGAACCCUCUGGUACAUCAACUGGUCAGACAACAGCAGCAUCCGACUGGUCAGCGGGCACAAAACCAAGGUGAAUGAUGUGGCAUUCAACCCUGGUGAAAGCCAUUUUGCCACCUGCAGCGAGGACGGUAGUGUGAGAGUGUGGUCAGUCCCCAACAAUGAGCUUGUGGUGCAGUUCCAGGUGCUCAGUCAGGCAUGUGGCUGUGUUUGCUGGAGCCCUUCUUCCAGCCCAGACGAGGCAUGUGUGGCUGCAGGAUACAACGAUGGGACACUAAGGAUCUUUCGGCUCGCUUCCUCAGAAAUGGAGAUGAAGCUGCACCCCCAUCAUGUGCCUGUUACUGCCAUGCAUUACUCUGCCAGUGGUCAUGUGAUCCUUUCAUCUGGGAAGAAUGGUCUUGUGGCCGUCAGCAGCCCAGUGAAUGGAGCAACUAUUCGUGUCAUCAGGGACCACAAAGGAGCAGCAAUUACCACCAUCCACUGUGUGAAUGAACAGUGUAAGAAGUAUGGACUGGAAGGAAAUGAACUGUGGUUGGCUGCUAGUGCUGACAGACGAGUCAGUGUGUGGGCUGCUGAUUGGUUAAAGGACAAGUGUGAGCUACUUGACUGGCUGACAUUUCCCGCUCCAGCCUAUUAUGGGGACGACAGCCCUCCUCCAAGUCUGGCUGCCUUUUGCCCAUUAGACCAUAGCCUCGUGGUCUACACUGGCUACGGUGUAGAGAAAGAGAUCUCCUUCUACAGCCUGACUACAAAACAGAUAAUAAAAAAGAUUGCUCUGCCCCACUGGGCCACGUGCCUUAGUCUCUCCUCUGAGAGGCAACUCAUAGCUGUGGGAUCAAAAGAGCGAGUGUUGAAGUUGAUCAAGUCGAGCAGUGGCAGGUUUCAGGACUUCCUGCAGCACAGUGACUCCCUGCACACAUGUCACUUCUCUCCCUCGGGCGCUCUUCUUUUCACUGCAGCGUACAAUGAGAUUCUGCUGUGGGAGGUGCUGGGUCUCUAAGGGGCUCACAUCUUAUUAUGAACCUCAAAAACUCUUUCCCCUUUCACAUAUGCCUAGUUCAUGUUAUUUUAUGCCCUUUUUAGCAAUGUGAUAUUUAUAGGGACAUUUUUGACUCUUUGUGUAAGAUUUUUCACACGGGUUUAUAGAAAAGAUAUAUUUUUAUGCUUUUAUACAAUAUAAAAAAUGUUUUUAUAAAGGUUUAGAGUGUUUAGUUAAGGUGUUUCACUAUUUAUUUUUUAUUAGUUUACAUUUUAGUUAAAAUGUGAUUUUAUAAUGGAUUGUUAUUUCAUCGGUACAUGUACAUGAAUGCAUAGUUUGUGGACAUUUGAAU